CACUCUGGGGCCCCGAGCCGGAUCCUGAGAACCUCUGCGGCCGUGCCUGGAAACUCCGACGGUCCGUGAAGGCAGCGCGCUCUGAAGUUUGAAGUGCGGCAGGUUCGAGUCUUCCGCAGCGACUGCGUCACGGCGCCAGGUUCCACGCUUCCACUGGGUCGCGGUUCUGGGACACGUUCGGACUUUGCGUUUACCCUGUGGGUCAGAGACUGGACCGGAACCGGCCGCAGCGGGCCGUAGAGUCGGUGAGAGCGCAGCUUCGGCACCGGGACUCCGCAGAAGUUCGGUGCGGCGCAGAGAGACAGGAAGGCGCGUCGCGGAGAGCGGAUGUGUGACAAUGAGGGGAGCCGCCUGGGUCCUCUGACCUGACAUUUUACAGACACAUGAGAGGCCCCAGCUGCCCCGGCCCCUCACUUCCGAUCAUCAGCGACCCGUCCGCCGCCGCCGGAGCCACCGGAGCCGCCGGAGCCACCGGAGCCCGGAGCCGUUUCCCCUGAAAGACGCAGCGACUGAGCCAGAUGGGGACGCAGGGCACCGGGAGGAAAAGGGCCACCAGCAAGGACAAGUCCACCGCGGAGGAAGAUGCGCUCAACCUGAUCGCCAGAGAGGCCGAGGCCAGGCUGGCAGCCAAGAGGGCGGCCAGGGCGGAGGCCCGGGAGAUCCGCAUGAAGGAGCUGGAGCGGCAGCAGAAGGAGAUCUUUCAGGUCCAGAAGAAAUAUUACGGCCUGAACACCAGACUAGACGAGCGGGCGGACAGUAAAUGGGGGGACAUUGAGCAGUGGAUGGAGGACAGUGAGAAGUUCUCCCGUUCUUCCCGGAUCCACCCGCUGUCAGACGACGAUGAGCGGAUGUCGGUGGGAAGCCGCAGCAGCGUCAGGUCGGACCGGGACUCUGUGGGGGCGUAUGGUGGAGGGGUGAGCCCCCUGGUGGUCAGUGGAUCCUCUCUGCACAAGAAGCCCAAGAAGAAGAAGAAACAUAAACACAAAGACAGAGACAGAAACGGCUGCGAUGACGAUCACAGCGUGUUCUCCAGCCGGAGCUCCAGACUGAGCGAUGAGAGUCGGAUGUCCCGCCUGGACCUGCAGCCGGCGUCUCACGUCUCCUCGGACCUGUACGGUCUCAGCGGACCCGUCUCCUCCAGAACCCCCGGCCCGUCCUUCAACGGUUACCAGAGCUCGUUGUAUGAAGACGGUCUGAGUCUGUGCAGCGGGUCGCGCCGAGUCUCCGGUUCCGGCUCACAUCCCCCAGAGUACAGUAGUUACCGCGGCUCCAGAGCGUCCAGCCGGGCCAGCUCGGCCCGCACCAGCCCAGUGGAGAACUGCGGCUCUGUGGCCAGCCUCCUGAGGAGCGCCGUCAGCAGCAGUGUCCUCUCCACCAGCCUGGACGACGUCUCCAUCCCGGACUUCCCCCCCGUGGAGGACAGAGACUACAACGAAAAGGGACCUCGCGCCGCUUCGGCCCUCACAGCAGGAACCCUCACCUCCCUGGGUGGAACGUCCUCCAGGAGAGGAAGCGGAGACACGGCCUUGACCGUGGACGCCGAGAGCUCCAUACGAGAAAUCAAGGAGAUCCAUGAACUGAAAGAUCAGAUUCAGGAUGUGGAAGCAAAGUACCUGCAGAACCUGAGAGAAGCCAAGGACGCCGUGGCUGAAGCGGAGGAGAAGUACCGUAAGGCCAUGGUGUCCAACGCCCAGCUGGACAACGAGAAGAACAACCUGAUGUACCAGGUGGACACGCUCAAGGACUCGCUGAUGGAGCUGGAGGAGCUGCUGUCCGAGUCGCGGCGGGAACACGAGGAGAAGGUCAAGGACUUUGAGCGUCAGAAGCACGCCUACGAAGUUCUGCAGUUCCAGUUCAGCGAGAUGAAGCAGACGCUGAAGCAGAGCGAAGAGCUGCUCAACGAGAUCCGUCAGCUGCGGCUGAAGCAGGACGGCUGCGCUAGAGAGAUAGCCGACCUCCAGGAGACGCUGGAGUGGAAGGAUAAGAAAAUCGGGGCGUUGGAGCGGCAGAAAGAAUAUUCUGACGCCAUCCGAACGGAGCGAGACGAGCUCAGAGAGGAGGUGGUGAAGCUGAAGGAUGUUCUGAAGAAACACGGGAUCGUCCUGGGACCCGACCUCAGCACCAACGGGGGGGCAGGAGAGGCGGAGCUGGACGGCGCCGCUGCAGCAGAACCCGGUUCCCAGGCGGCUCCCACCGAAGGGAACAGCGUGCUCGGCGGCACAGAGGAAGAGCCCGAUCCAGAGCCGCAGCCACGACUGGAGAAGGACUCAGAGAACCGAUGCAGUCCUGAAGCAGAAGGUCCUGAAGCAGAAGGUCCUGCUGAGGCAGAAGGUCCUGCUGGAGCAGAAGGUCCUGAAGCAGAAGGUCCUGAAGCAGAAGGUCCUGCUGGAUCAGAAGGUCCUGCUGGAUCAGAAGGUCCUGCUGGAGCAGAAGGUCCUGCUGGAUCAGAAGGUCCUGAAGCAGAAGGUCCUGCUGGAGCAGAAGGUCCUGCUGAGGCAGAAGGUCCUGCUGGACCAGAAGGUCCUGAAGCAGAAGGUCCUGCUGGAGCAGAAGGUCCUGCUGAGGCAGAAGGUCCUGUUGGAUCAGAAGGUCCUGUUGGAUCAGAAGGUCCUGUUGGAUCAGAAGGUCCUGCUGAAGCAGAAGGUCCUGCUGGAUCAGAAGGUCCUGCUGGAUCAGAAGGUCCUGUUGGAUCAGAAGGUCCUGCUGCUGGAACGAGGCGCGAUGGACCGCCGGCAGCAGAACACGAGCCGUCCUCACGCCCCGCAGAACGUGGGUUCUACAGGGAGAACACUGCAGACCCCGUUGGUCGUCCAGCUGCUAAAGCUAAAGCUGUAAUCAUUGUCAGCCGAGACGUUCAGGAGGCUUCUGGAGAACAUCUUCCACAAAGAGGAACGUCCAACAGUCCUCCUGGUUUCACCGAGAUAGAAACCCAAAGGAGCGGCGCCGACCUCUCAGGAGGUCCAGAAGGCAAACAGGAAGUCCGUGACGCUCCACAGCCUCAGGCAGCUGGAGAACCAGCAGGAGAACCAGCUGGAGAACCAGCUGGAGAACCAGCAGGAGAACCGGGUCCAGGUGGGUCCAUCAGCGAGCCUCGGGAGGAGCCUGAGGAGCCAGAACAGGAGGAGGCUGAGGAACCGGCGGUCCAGAACCAGACUCCGGUUCCUACAAGUUCUGGGAAGAAGAAGAAGAGGAAGAGGAAGGGCAAGAAGAAAGGAGGAGCUCCUGAACACAAAGAUCAAGAACGAGGAACCGAGCCGGAACACAAUUCACUCAUAUCUAAUAACGGGAUCACAGCAGAACCUGGUACCAGUGGGUCCGCCUCAUCAAAACUGGGUCCGGACAAUCAAGAACCUGAGAAAGCAGAACCCGAUGAAAAAGGUUCCCUCAGCCCGGAAGAACCGAAGACGGAUGGUGGGUCAGACGGUCCUGAGAACCGGAAGCCUGUGAGCGCCCAGAUGUCAGGAGAUGUUCUGGACCCAACCGAGUCGCCUGGUUCCACAGAACCCAGAGCAGAGCUCCAUGAGAACCAGGAGGCCACAGAGACGGAGCUGCUGGGGUGUGAAGGUCCAGAAAAACCCACAGAAGGUUCUUCUCACGUUGGGUCCCUCACAGAAUCUGCAACGGGGUCCAAAGCGGAGGAGGAAGGUUCUGAAGCGUCCGGUCCUGAUCCAGGAGGCCAUGUUCUCACGUGUGAGAGAACCGAUGAUCCUGGCAGAGGGUUGGCAUGGAGUGAAGACACCUCCGCAGGAGAAGACCUCUCCACGGCCCAACAGUCCAGACCACCUCAGGCUUCAGACGACGAAGGGAACCGUAGGAGCCGAGAGAUGCCAGAACCAAGCAAUGGUUCUCCUGAAACAUCUGGUUCUCCUGAAACAUCUGGUUCCACCAGAACAAGAUCAGGGCGCUUUGAGGAGCAGAACCAUGAAGGAACAUCUCCACAGGCAGAGGAUCUGGAAUCAGAGGAAGCUGCAGAAGUCACUGAAGGAUUCCUCCAAGAUGGACCAGUCCAGGAAUCUGGACCAGAGGCCGAUGGCGCAGAACCUUCAGAACCUCCAGAACCCGUUCUCCUCUCAUGUGAGGAUCCCAUCCAGCCGCUUACGUCACCUGAAGAUGCCGCCAGCAUCUCAGGCCUCCAAGAAGCCGAAGCAGGUCAUGGUCCAGGUGACCAUGAGCUGGAAGAAGCUCCUGAUGAUGGCAGAGUGGAGCCCGCUCAGGUCCAACAGAACCAGGAAGAACCUUCAGAACCAGAGGAACCUGAACCGCUGCAGGAAUCCACAGAAAGUUCUGCUCUAGUAGAAACGAUGAAUGAGUGUGAAAUGGGUGAAGAUGUUAAAGAGGUGGCCUCCAGAACCAGUCCUGACCCAGAAGACCUCCUGGCAUCUGGGAAGCGUGAAGAUCCUGAUGAAGAGUUCAGUCAGGGAGACAAGUCUCCACCAGGAGACAUCAGAGACGGGUCAGAGGCUGUGGAUGGAGACCAGAAGAAGUCUGAGGACAUCUUGGCGUCGCCUGCUGAAGAAGAUGCUGAAGCACAGGUUCCUGAGGAGGAGUCCACAAACGGUUCUGAGAUGAACGAGGAGCAAUCUGCCUCCUCAUCAUCAAACCAUGUCGCUGAAGACCAACCUGAAGAAUCCGCAGCAGGCAGCAGCUUCAGCCUCUCCAUGAAGGAACCAGAUGUUGGACCUGAGGAGGAGCCAGGCGCAGGAGAACCAGGGGCCUCUGAAGGAGAUGAUGAUCCACAGAUCCAACACCAGGAUGAAGAGUUGAUUGGAGCAGGAGAACCUGAAGAUCCUCCUGGGCAGAGCAGCAGUGGACCAGAUCUACCUCCAGCAGUGUUGACUCCACCUCCCAAAGACCAGGAGGUGAAGUCUGCAGAGGAGGAGGGAGCUUCUCCUGAAGGUCCAGAUCUCAGCGAGGGUGAAGAUUCUCCUCCACGCGUCCAGCAGGACAGCGGCGAGGAAGAGGAGGAGGAGGAUGAAGGCCAGUCGUUUGACUUUGACGACUCAGACAUGGAAGAAGCCAUCAAGUCGUCUCUGUCCAGCAAAGCUGAGCAGGUGGAGCAGGUGGAGGAGGAGGAGGAAGAGGAAGAGGAGGAAGGAGCUGAAGUUACAGCAGACGAAGCCAACGAGACGCCAGAGCUUCUCCAAAGCACCGCAGAACAUGAGGAGACGGGUUCUGAUCAGCUGGACCAAGGUUCUGGUCCUGGCCUCCAGGACGCUCUGCCCUGUGGGGACUCCACGCCUGAGAAGGUGGGAGAUGUUCUGGAGAACCUGGAGGAGCAGAAGAUGUCCUCAGCAGUGGAGGAAGCGGUGGAAGCCGUGGAGCUGCUCUCAGGUUCCCCAAAGCCUCCAGAAGGUGGCGCUGCAGCCGCAGAGGAACCGCAGGCGGGCAAAGACCCAAAGAAGAAGAAGAGCAAAGGCAAGGGCAAGGAGGACUGUAAGAUGUCUUAGCAGGCGGUCCAGAACUCAGCAGAACCGGUCCGACGGGUCCACAUGCAGAACCAACGACGGCACGGUUCCAUGGUACCAGAGUACCGCGCUGUAGAACCUCCUGGCCUGAGAAUCUGGUGCCAAGAACGAAAUCACCAGAAGCCCAGGUGCAGAACACCUGCUGCAUCAUCUGCUUGGCCACGCCCCCUUUCUGCUAAUAAAGAGUUUGUUUCAGAACCUUCAGAACCAAACGUGGCGGUUCUUGCGGCGCCCGGCCAAACUCUGCUAAGUGCUGCU